GGGGCGCCUUGGGAGGAGAAGGGGACAUGUGGGCGCUGGACCUCUUGGGGGCGGAGAUCCAGUUGGCCUGUGGGACUCGGUGCCACUUGAUGAAGCUGAGCCAUGUCUGCAUUACGUGGAGCAGUGCAUGCUAAAUGGAUCAUAGGGAAAGUCAUUGGGACCAAAAUGCAGAAGACUGCCAAAGUGAGAGUAACAAGAUUGGUGCUGGAUCCUUACUUACUAAAGUACUAUAACAAGCGGAAAACAUAUUUUGCUCACGACCCUCAGCAGCAGUGCAUUGAGGGAGAUAUUGUCCUUCUGAAAGCUUUGCCAGAGCGGAGGAGCAAGCAUGUGAAACACGAACUGGCUGAAAUUGUGUACAAGGUUGGGAGAGUCAUAGAUCCUGUGACUGGGAAGCCCUGUGCAGGAACCAGGCUCUUGGAAAAUGUCACAGGCUCCGAAAACCUCACUGAUAGAGACACCAGCUACCUUAGUCAAAAACUCCAAGAGCUAACCGUCUCCUCUUCAGAUAAAUGAUGGAUAGGCAAGGCUCUGUAAAAUGGGACUUUAUUUCAUGUCUCUGUGAAGGGGGUUGUAUGUGGCAGAGUGUUUCUGUGUUGUUUUUAAAACGGUGGCAAGUAAUAAUAAAGUGGAGUUAACUUGCACAACUGGUGAUAUGAACAGAAACAUCAGAAAUAACCUUAAGUUUGUUGUCUGUAGAAUUUUCAAGUCAUCUCUUGCCAUGUAGGCACUUGAGGUAACAUAGAACAUUUAAAACUAACCAAUUCUGGUAAAUCCCAAAAAACUUGCCAUCAGAAGCAGAGAAUAGAGUGCAGGGAGGAGGUGGACGUGCACAGUAGACUCUUCCUUCGUUAAUGGGUUGGAUUCGGUUUUUUCCCUGUGAAAACACUCACAGGGAAACAGAGAAAGCAUGCACAGCUUGCCUUAGCAUCAGAGUCCAGUCAUCUUUGUAUGCUGAGCAUGAAGACAACUGUGUUACCAUGGUGGUGCUUCCUGUGGUGGAUGAGAAGCUGUUGUCUUUAAGAAGACAGAUGCAUGUAUCCGAAGACAGUCACAAACCUCUCAUGUUGAGCUCAGGGAAGUAAACACACACAUUUAUGGAGAUAAACAUGAGGAAGAACAGAAUCUAUUUGGCAGCAUUGUCUGGAAGAGAAGAUCGAUGGGUUUUAAUACCACCAGCUAAAAGCCCUAACAAUCAUAGUGCAAAACAUUGUUGGAUUGGGUCACAGAGCUUUGGUGAGAGGGUCCCCCAAAGUAAGGAUCCUCCCAGCUUGGGGGGAAAGAGUCUGUUUGAGGAAAGAGCACAGAGAAAGAGAUGGAGAUAGCAUCCUUGCUGAGUCUCUUGCCUCAUGCCUGUUCUUCUGAAAGAGAUUCAAGAGAAUAUUGUGUCAGGCAUUUUUUUUUCUAGUUUUAUUUUUUAGGUUCUGUAUCAUCUGUGAGCUGAUAUCAAACUCAUUUCAUUUGUGUUGGACUUACGUGUAGAAUGUAUGUUGGUUAAAUAAAAAGCCUUUUCUUAAAGGGUGUUUGGGACUGCACUGAAUUCUUACAUACCAGCCUGGGUUGCUUGGACAAGGUAUGAACAUCACCUUUCUUGGUAUCUCAAGGCAUUUAAGAGGAAUUUUGAGUGACAAAUCAUUGAGUGGUAGCAGAAAAGGAAUGCCAGUAAGGUGCUGUGAUUCAUGGCAAAAUAUCCAGAGGAGUUAGCCGUGUUAGUCUGUAGUAGCAAAAUCAAAAAGAGUCCCUGAGAAACAGAGUUCUAUCUUGGCCUCUUGCUGUCUACAGCAAAUUAUUAGAAGAGAGAAUGUGAGUGACCCCCCCCCCUCCACCCCAGGCAAUCAUGAUAUAGUAGCAGUAGUAGGAUUCAGACUAAGAUUUCUGUGCAGUCUGGAAGUUUGUAACCAACACGCUUGAGUGAGAAUAUCAGGUCCUGGAGAGGUACAGAAUUGGUUUGGAAAGGGAAUUUGGCUAAUCAGAGAUGGGAGGAAACAAGCAAUGCUCAAAGAGCAGCACUUUCACAGACAGUCCAAAUGGAGUGGAAAGAUAGGAUUGUGAUAUCCCCCCAUCAACCGCUGUUCACAGGUGCACAACCUCUGAACAUGCAGGUAUCAUUUGGCCAUCAUGUCUAAGAGCUGUAUGACCUCUCCCUGGAUUUGGCAAGCCCUUUUUAAAAAACUGAGUAAGUGCAAAUACGGAAAUGCUGACAUCAAAGGCAAAUAAUUUAAAUUGCUACAACUCAACUAUCUUACUAGAUUUUUCUUAAAAUUGAGAGUGCUUCAUUUACUUGGUGUAAUUAUUUUGUCUUUCAGGUAGCGCAAGACUUUUUGUUCAAAAAAAGAAAGAAAUCCAGAGCAUUACGUCUUUGUUUUUAAAUUAUUGGUUACUUUAUGUAUAUUUUAAAAAAUAAAUUGUGCACUCUA